GCGGCGGCCAAUGGGCGAGCGCGGGGCAGGUGCCGGCUAACUCGCGCCUCGCAGCGCAGCGGCCGAGGCUGAGCUGGGCAGUGCUGGGAGGACCAGGGGCGGGGGUCUGUCCUGGCUGGACUCGGGGGGGAGGGGGCCGGGCUCAGCCCCCAGGCCGUAGAGGCAGCUCGCAGCAUCGCACGGAACCCGCGCCAGUGCCCGCGCCCGGAGCUGCCCGCUCGGCCCCAGAGGCCGGCGCGCCUAGCUGCGCGCCGUGGCCCGACUCCGCGUUCUCUAGCUCUCACGCCCCUCGCCUCUCCGCGCCUGGCUCGCCGGCAGGGUCUGAGCGCGGGCGGGCGGGCGGGGGAGGUGAGGGGUGCUGGUGUGUGUGCAUGUGCCUGGCUGGGUGCACACCCCGCACGGCGGCGGCGCCAGGACGCGGAGCGCUCCCCGGAGCCCUGCUGCCUCGCUCGGCUCUGGCGACCGCGACCAUGUUCCAGCCCACAGCCAAGCGCGGCUUUACCAUCGAGUCCUUGGUAGCCAAGGACGGCGGCACCGGCGGGGGCUCUGGCGGCGGGGGCGCCGGCUCCCAUCCCCUGGCGGCGGCCGCCUCGGAGGAGCCACUCCGGCCCACGGCGCUCAAUUACCCUCACCCCGGCGCGGCCGAGGCGGCCUUCGUGAGCGGCUUCCCCGCCGCCGCCGCCGCCGCCGCCGCCGCCGCGGGCGCCGGUCGCUCGCUAUACGGUGGGCCCGAGCUUGUGUUCCCCGAGGCCAUGAACCACCCCGCGCUGACCGUGCACCCGGCGCACCAGCUGGGCGCCUCCCCGCUGCAGCCCCCGCACUCCUUCUUCGGCGCCCAGCACCGGGACCCUCUGCACUUCUACCCCUGGGUCCUGCGGAACCGCUUCUUCGGCCACCGCUUCCAGGCGAGCGACGUGCCCCAGGACGGGCUGCUGCUGCACGGCCCCUUCGCGCGCAAGCCCAAGCGGAUCCGCACGGCCUUCUCGCCCUCGCAGCUCCUGCGGCUGGAGCGCGCCUUCGAGAAGAACCACUACGUGGUGGGCGCCGAGCGGAAGCAGCUGGCCGGCAGCCUCAGCCUCUCGGAGACGCAGGUGAAGGUGUGGUUCCAGAACCGGAGGACAAAGUACAAGCGGCAGAAGCUGGAAGAAGAGGGGCCUGAGUCCGAGCAGAAGAAGAAGGGCUCCCACCACAUCAACCGGUGGCGCAUUGCCACGAAGCAGGCCAAUGGGGAGGACAUCGAUGUCACCUCCAAUGACUAGGGUGGGCAGCCACGGAUUCACGAGGGCAGAGCAUCUGCUCGCUGCUGGCCAGGACCCCGGGUGGGCCCUGCUGGACUCUGGCCGCUCCCCUGCCAGGCUUCGGGGAGGCCUCGAGUCACGGCCCCACAGGGCUCGGAGCCUGGGGCCACCACUGACAGAAGGACAAGAAAUGGGCUGGCUGAGGCCUGGGACUCCUCCACCUUUUCCUCAGAGAGCCCGCCUGCGUGGGCAGGCCGCCGGCCACAGCCACUCUCCACUUCUCUUAUCUCCUGCGUUUCUGUUUUAAUUUAUUUUCCAGGCACCCGCUGUAGUUCUUAGUGAUCCCCCUGUAUCUCCCUUCCCUAUGGGAAUAAUAAAAGUCUCUCUCUUAAUGA